AGAGACAGAGAGAGACAGCUAGAGAGCGAGCGAGAGAGAGAGAGAGAGAGAGAGAGACGCGCGAGCAUCAAGUCCCCACUCCACAAUCCAGCAAGCAUCCUUAUACUGUAAGCCCCCCAGUGCCACUAUAGGAGACCCUAAAGCUCCAUAAUCAUGGAUGGAACAAAGCCGGCCAUGGACUCCAACGCGGAGGAGACUCAAGACGAAGGACAGGAAAGCAAAGGAUGCUUUGAGUGCUGCAUCAAAUGUCUGGGUGGGGUCCCCUACGCCUCCCUGGUGGCCACCAUCCUCUGCUUCUCCGGCGUGGCCCUUUUCUGCGGCUGCGGCCACGUAGCCCUGACCGGCACCCUGACUAUGCUGGAGAACCACUUCUCCAGGAUCAGCAGCGACCACGGCACCCUUACCACGGUCAUUCAGAUCUUUCAGUACAUCAUCUACGGCAUCGCCUCGUUCUUCUUUGUCUACGCCAUCGUCCUGCUGGCUGAGGGCUUCUACACCACGAGCGCCAUCAAGAAGGAGUUGCAGAGUGACUUCAAGACCACCGUGUGCGGACGUUGCAUCACCGCCUUUUUCAUGUUCCUGACCUACAUCCUCGCCCUAGCCUUCCUCACUAUCUUUGGCUUCACAGCCAUCCCGGUGUUCCUCUUUUUCAACAUGUGGAACACCUGUGCCGCCAUGAGGUCCCCGGACUCCAACAUCACCUCGCCCGACUCCAUCUGUGUGGAUGUCAGGCAGUAUGGUAUCAUUCCCUGGAACGCAACACCGGGAAAAGCUUGCGGUGCCACCCUGGGAGACAUCUGUAACACCAGUGAGUUCUACCUGUCCUACCACCUCUACAUUGUGGCAUUUGCCGGUGCUGGAGCGACUGUUAUAGCACUGAUUCACUACUUGAUGAUCUUGUCAGCCAACUGGGCUUAUCUGAAGAGCGUCGUCUCCACGCACGACUACCAAGACAUCAAGACUAAGGACGACCAAGACCUGGAGGCAGAGGCGCGCUCCAAGGAGGGCCAGAACUCGUCCUCCUACUCAUAAGGAUGAGCCACUCCCUCUUCAUAGAGCGCCGCCCAUUUCCUCCGCUCACACUUUCAACUGCCACACUUAGUACCCCAUCUGGCUCCUUCAUAAAAAAUGUUUUACAAUUUUUAAGACAAAACAACAAAAAAAACACCCUAGUUAUAGUCAAGAGUCCCGCCAUCUCCUGAGUCUCUCUGCUCUUCCCUUCCGCCAUGUUGGAUAGAGUGGGCGUGUUUUCCCACCAGAAGGGAACGGGAUUGAGGGUCAGGAGGAAGGGCAGCCCCUCCCAAAAAAAUCGGCUUCUGAAUGGGCGAGCUGGUCCAUCAGGCUGGAGCUCGUAUACAGUCGGUGGGUUUACCAAGAGUCACCCGGCUGUCGGGCCGCGGCUCGUCCGAGUGGGCCGGAUGGCGUCCUUGCCUACCCCUGAGCCAGCGCAGCCUCUCCAUGCACAGCCCCCCCCCCGUUGACUAAAUAAACAUUGUUGACUGUGGGCGCCCGCCACGCGCAAGUCAGACAGCAACAACAUCCUCUCUUUUUUUGAUGUUUUAUAUGCAUAUAUAUAUAUAUCCAUAUAUAUAUAUAUAUAUAUGAACAUAUUGUGUGAAUGUGUGCGAAUGUUGUCGUUUUUUAAUACCUUCGGAAAAUGCCAGGGACUCUUAAGAUCAUUCUUAUGUUUUUGGUGUUUUCUUUUUUUUUUCUCACUUUACUUCUAUACAUCACUAACUAUUGUUGAUGCUCAAAAUAUUGUUACUGUAAAAAC